GAACGUGCGAUGUGCGAUGUGCCGAUGUCACGUUGGAAAGUAAAAUUUAAACACUAAACAUCUCAUAGCUAGUUCACACUCACUUGUGGAAUUCGGCGUCCAAUCCAAAAUGUUUUGAUGCAUUUCCUAAUUAAUUUUUUCGAUUUAUUAUUUUUUUAAGUCUAUAGGAAUUUCAGCAAAUAGAUUGUAUUAACAUACAGCAAUUGGUUUAUUUUUCAAAAUGGCACUUUCAAAACCGGCUGAAUUUUUAGAAGGUUUAGUAUUGACCUAUUUGGAACGCUUGAAUUCAAGACCCAUUCGCACAAAGUCGAUUACCAGUUGUAUUAUUGCAUCACUUGGAAAUAUUACUUUACAAAACAUUGCUGGAGCUAAGAUGAUUGACCAGGAUAGUGUUGUGGCUUUUGGAUUAUUUGGUCUCUUAUUUGGUGGACCAGUGCCACAUUUUUUCUACGAAUCUUUAGAAAGCACUUUCCCAGAAAAUUCAUCUAAAAUGGUUUUUUUAAAAUUUGGUAUUGAACGUUUGUUAUUUACACCAUUUUAUCAAUUUCUUUCAUUGUAUGUGUUGUCAAGGUUCGAGGGAAAAUCGCAUGAAGACACAAUGAAGCAAAUAUAUGCAAUUUACUGGCCUAUAUUAAAAGCAAAUUGGCAGAUUGUCUCAUUGGUCCAGUUCUUUAACGUUAAAUUUGUACCUCCAAUGUUACGAGUGUUGUUCCAUAACAUGGUUGGCUUCUUUUGGGCAAUGUUUAUAACUUACAAAAAACGCACAGACGAUUUCAGAAGAGCUAAUAUUGUUAAAUAAUAAAGGAUGAAAAUUAAGAAAUUAGUUUAAAAUUGAUUAUACCUAUAUUAUUCACAUUCUUAAUAUUUAUUAUUGACUAGUUUUAAUCAUGAAUUAAUUUAUCUGAAAUUUAAUAUUAUAUAAGUAUAGUUUUAUCUAAUAAAAACUCGGGAAAUGCUCAAAUAGGUUGGUGUCAAAUACAGAUAAGACUUCAGAGAUAAAUAGCUCCUGUGUUUAGUUUUGUAUUACAUAUUAUAUAUUUUUGUACUUAAAGAAAUAUCUAUUAAACGUUAAUUAUUGAAAGAAAGUUACUGUGCAUUUUGUGAAUUCAAAU